UGUAUCUUUCAUAUCUUUCACGACCAUUAUUCAUAUCAUAUUAAUUUUUGGUGUAUUAACAAAAAGUGUCCAAUUGUGCUGUGCAUAAAAUAUUUGAUUUUCAAUUGUAUACAACACAUAACUACUUAUGGAGAUUGAGCUCAACCAUCGCUGUCUUCAUUUGCGGUAUUUUUCUUUGAAAAAUCAUGAAUAACAUAAAUUAAAGUUGUCCUAAAUAAAAUUGUGUUGAUUUCAACGUCAUAAUGGGCUCCGAAGUAUGUUACUGGAAAAUGCUACUCAUAUCUAGCGUAGUAGUUUACUCUUCAAAUGGAGAAUCAUCGCCGUUGCGACAUUGCGAAUCAAUUCGAAUCGAUAUGUGUCGCGGUAUUGGUUAUAAUGAGACAUCUAUGCCAAAUUUAGUUGGUCAUGAGCUUCAGUCAGAUGUUGAAUACACUUUACAAACUUUUGCACCUCUGAUUGAAUAUGUUUGCAGUACGCAGCUUAAAUUAUUCCUAUGUGCAGCUUAUGUGCCCUUAUGCACGCCUAAGGUCCCUGUUCCGAUUGGGCCAUGUAGAAGCUUAUGCGAAAGCGUGAGAAUGAGGUGCCACCCCGUAUUACAAGGCUUUGGAUUUCCUUGGCCUCCAGCCUUAGAUUGUAAUAGAUUUCCUAAAGAGAAUAAUCAUGAAACAAUGUGUAUUGAAGGGCCAGGGGAGACACAAUCAAACAUGGAACACGAAAACUUCGGUGGUGCCACAAUAAACAAAGUGCCUUCUAUAACAACCACAUUAGAAUGCCCUGGGCUAUCAAAAUCCCACAUGUACGUAAAAUUACAUCGAUCUGGACGAUGUGCACCCUUAUGUGAAGCUGAUAUAUUAUUCGGUCAACAUGAAAAACAUUUGGCAGAGUUAUGGGUAGCUGCGUGGACAUAUGCAGACAUUUUUUUGGCACUGAUUGCAAUACUGAGCUUAGUACUUAGCGAUAACUCGAAGAGGAAUAAUAAUCAAAAGUUGGCACGUGUUCUUACCCCCUUUGUGUGGUGUAAUUUCAUGGUAGCUUUAGGAUGGACUAUUCGUUUCAUAGUUGGAAGAACAGCAACGUCAUGCGGUUAUGAUCCUCAACUACCCAAUGUCUUGCUCUUAAUAGUUGACGGACUCUCAAAUGCAGCUUGUGCUACAACUUUUUUGCUCCGAUAUUACUUUUUUAUGGCUUCGUGCGCAUGGUGGGCAAUACUUUGUCUUACGUGGCAUCGGGAUGUUCGACGGAUCGACCCAGAAGAUUUGGAAUGUUUUUCGACAGAAUCUUCAACUACAUUUACUAACUUGAAUAAUAGUACAGCUAGAAGGGGACACCUAACUAAUAAUAAUAAACGUGAUGAAAACCUGUCAAUAAUGCAAAGCAAUCUGGCAAGCUUUAUGGCUUGGGGCCUUCCAGCAUUUCAGACUGCCGCAGUAAUAGUAGCAAGACUUGUGGAUGCCGAUGAGCUUAUAGGUUCUUGUUUCGUGGGAAACCAAUCGGACAAAGGGCUGCAAAUAUUAGUCGCAACUCCACUGUUUUGUUACUGGAUUUUCGGUUCAAUGAACUUAGGUUCAGGGUAUCUGGUGUAUCGUAGAUAUAAAGCUAUAUUGAAAAGUACUUCUUCACCUAUGAUGAAGCAACAUUUUCGGACUAAGUGUCCAAGUUACGAUUUUGGUACAUUUUUGUUCAUAUACUGUGUUCCAUGCGCGUUACUCUUAAUUUCCGUAAUCUAUGAGUUUGCAAAUAUUGAUAUUUGGCUUAAUAUUCCUCCCUAUUUGGUUGCCACUGAGGGUUUCACAACACCAAUGUGGCCUUUCCUGACGCGAGCCUUUAUGGAAAUAUUAUUGGGAAUUAUCUGUUUUGCAUGGCUUUUAGGCCCAAAAAUAUCUAUGAUGUACAAACAGCAACUGGUUCUGAGGAAUGUAAAAGAAACAACAGUUUCACAAGGAAAUAAUCGUAAUAAAAGCCUUAACUGUAAUUAUAGUACGACAUCUUACCAAACGGUGCGUGCACCAGCAAGUUCAUAUUCACAGCGACGCGCUUCAGGCAGUAUUUCAAUGAACCAAUUAACGAAGUACUCUCACAAUAAGGUUAUUGCACAAAAUAUCCAAAAUCAAAAGCAUUUACACAAAAACCGUUAUUAUAUAAGACCACAGCAAACGUAUUUUGAAUGUUGUGGGGAUGAAACAAUACUAUAACUGAACUUUUGACAAUCUUGCCUCAAACUGUGUAACAAUAAGACUGUGAUAAAAAUAACAGUAUAAACAUAAUUCUAAUUUCUGGUUAAUGAGUACUAUCUAGAAAUAAUUGUUAUAUACUGUGUAGAUUAAAAAGUACUUAUCUUUUUAUUACUUUUAAAAAGUGCCAUUAUUUGUAACCCACUAAUAAUCUUAUAAAGUAAAUUAUAUUAUUUCUGAACAAGAUUUCAGGAUUUGUAUUGUGGCCCUCUUGCCAUUGCAGCUACUAGCAAGUCGUAAAUACUUCCUUCUUUGGGAUAACGGUUAGAUAAUUUAUUGGAUAAGUUAUUUUAGAUAUAAACACUUACCAGUGAACAACGAAACUAAAAUUAAAAUGUAUGAUAUACGUAUGUGCCUAAAUUUAACUAUAUGUAUAUAUAUAAUAUUUUCUAUUUCCGUGUAUGACUUAAGUAAUAUUUUCUUAUAUACAUAAGUAUAUAAGCAUAUGUAUUACAAACAAUUUAACAUUCAAAAAUAUAUGUACACUGUUCUAAUGCAUUGUGCAUUGCUGCGGAAA